CCUGCAGUUAUAAUUGUAGAAAGCUGAAUGCCACCAGUUCAAUAACAAUGUCAACAUUUAUUGUUUUUGUAAUAUUAAGUGUUUUAGUUAAUAAGAUAACAGCCAUUGGUAACUUCGAAUUAGAAAUAUUAGAAAUUUCAAAUACAAAUAACCAUUUAUUAUCGGGUUAUUGCUGUGGUGUUCCUUUAGAAAUAAGAAGUACAAAAACAACAGGUUGUCCGCCUUGUUCAACAGCAUUUCGUUUGUGCCUUAAAGAAUAUUCAGCAGCUGAACAGGGUACAUCCAGUAUAUCAACGGGAUGUUCAUUUGGCAAUACAACAACGGGGAUAUUGGGUGGUUCCAGUUUUGUGCUAAGUGAUCCGGUCAGAGGUGCCAUGAUACUGCCAUUUACAUUUCGAUGGACGAAAUCAUUUACAUUAAUUCUGCAAGCAUUAGAUAUGUACAAUGUAUCAUAUCCGGAUUCCGAAAGGUUAAUUGAAGAAACAUCAUUUUCCAGCGUCAUCCUACCCUCACCCGAAUGGAAAACAUUGGAUCAUAUAGGUCGAAAUGCCCGAAUUACCUAUCGUGUCAGAGUUCAGUGUGCAGCUACCUACUACAAUACGACAUGUACGACAUUCUGCCGAUCACGUAACGAUCGCUUUGGUCAUUACGAUUGCGGACCGCAGGGCGAAAAGAUUUGCCUCAACGGUUGGACGGGUGACAAUUGUGAAAAGGCCAUUUGCAAACUGGGCUGUGACCCCGUCCAUGGUAAAUGUGAUAAACCGGGUGAAUGCGAUUGUCGACCCGGUUGGCAAGGUCCCCUGUGCAAUGAAUGUGUCGUCUAUCCGGGCUGCAAACAUGGUUCAUGCUAUGGCGAAGCCUGGAAAUGUAAAUGUGAUACAAAUUGGGGUGGCAUUCUGUGCGAUCAAGAUUUAAAUUACUGCGGCACACAUGAACCCUGCAAACAUGGCGGCACUUGUGAGAAUACGGCACCUGAUCGCUUUCGUUGCACAUGCGCUGAGGGUUUAGCUGGGGAGCGUUGUGAAAUCAUAGAGCAUCCAUGUGCAACACAGCCAUGUAAAAAUGGUGGUACUUGUUCGAUAAAGGAAUCAUCAUCCUCUCUGCGAAAUACCAGUGGAUUACCAUCAUCAUCCUCAUCAUCUUCGUCGUCGUCAUCAUCAUCGUAUCGAGUUAUGCGUGACUUAAGCUCAGCUAUGGCAAAACCAGUUAAUAGACACAAUUUACCGCAGCUAGGAUUAAAUUCAGGAUCACAAUUAUCGUCAGCAGCAUUGUUGUCAUCAUUGCUGUAUGGUCAUACCAAUGUUACAGCCACGACAAACGAAUCAGCCAGCCAUCAUAAUGGCUAUGCCACCACAAACAGUCACAGCCACCAUCAUCAGCAACAACAACAGAUUCCGCCAGUUUCGGAAUUCACUUGCGAUUGUGUACCCGGUUGGACUGGUCCAACAUGUGAAAUAAAUAUCGAUGAAUGUGCCGGUGGACCUUGCGAGCAUGGUGGCACUUGUAUUGAUCUAAUCGGCGGUUUCCGUUGUGUUUGUCCCGCCAAAUGGACAGGCGAUGUAUGUCAAAUCGAUGUAAACGAAUGCGAAAUGAGUUAUCCUCCACCAUCACAGGCGAAGGCUGUUGCUGGCAGUUCAAGUACUUCAUCCUCAUCAGCAUUGAUUUCGGCCCUUGCCACCGCCACCUCCAACCAUACAACGACGACCUCCACCAGCCAUACGAUGGGACCCUGUGUAAAUGCCCGCCAAUGCAUUAAUCUGCCCGGUUCGUUUUCAUGCGUUUGCCUUGAGGGUUGGGGUGGUCCAACGUGUGCCACCGAUUUAGAUGAUUGCGUGGGCCAAUGCAAAAAUGGUGCCACUUGCCGAGAUUUGGUUAAUGAUUAUCGCUGUGUAUGUGCAACUGGAUUUACAGGUCGCGAUUGUGAAACCGAUAUUGAUGAAUGCGCUAAUUCACCGUGUCGUAAUGGUGGCGAAUGUGUGGACAUGAUUGGUAAAUUCAAUUGCAUUUGUCCGCUGGGAUAUUCCGGUACAUUAUGUGAGGAGGCCAAUGAUCACUGUACACCAUCUCCAUGUUUGGAGGGUCGUUGUCUAAAUACCCCCGGUAGCUAUUAUUGCCAUUGUCCACCGGGAAGAGCUGGUAAACAUUGUGAACAGAUACGACCGCUGUGCAAUCAGCCUCAAUGUAAUGAUGGAUGUUUUGCCAAUGCCACCAAUAUUGAUUCAUCAAAAAAUCUACCCUGUUCCGGGCAUGGCACAUGCGAAAUGGUUGAUGUGGGCACUUUUUGUAAAUGCCAUGCUGGCUAUACGGGAACGUUUUGUGAGCACAAUCUUAAUGAAUGCUCACCAAAUCCCUGCCGCAAUGGUGGUAUAUGUCUAGAUGGUGAUGGCGAUUUUACAUGUGAAUGCCCUUCUGGUUGGACAGGUAAACGUUGUUCGGAACGUGCCACCGCCUGUUAUCCGGGUCAGUGUCAAAAUGGUGGCACAUGUGUACCCGGUUCCCCCGAAAAGGGACUACAUACACAGUGUCGUUGUGCACCGGGUUGGGAUGGAACUUAUUGUACAGAUCCGAUAGAUCAGUGUCGUGGCCAACCGUGUCAUAAUGGUGGUACAUGUGAAUCGGGAUCAGGUUGGUUCCGUUGCAUUUGUGCUCGAGGAUUUUCAGGACCCGAUUGUCGCAUCAAUGUUAAUGAGUGUUCACCACAACCAUGUGAGGGUGGUGCCACCUGCAUUGAUGGUAUCGGAGGUUAUACAUGCAUAUGUCCACCCGGACGUCAUGGUGUGCGAUGUGAGAUAUUACUUUCCGAUUCCAAAUCAUCCUGCAUCAACAGUAGCUCUGCCUCCUCAUCGCCUUAUUCAUCGUUGAAUAAAUCCGAAGAUAUUUUAUCGCUGCUUUUAACCGGUCAAACGUCGGAAUAUUGCAAUGCAUGUUUGUGUGAAAAUGGCACCUCGGUGUGUACCAAUUUGUGGUGUGGCCUGCCGAAUUGUUUCCGCACCAAUUCAAGUUCUAAAUCUUCAAAUUUCUCUGGCGUUUGUAAACAAUAUGAGGUGUGUGUACCCACGCUGGCGGAGAAUUGCCUUAACGCACCCUGUGCAUUGCGGGGAGAUUGCCGGGCCUUGGAACCCUCACAUCGUGUGGAGCCACCACGUCUGCCAGCCAAACCGGAUUGUUGGCCAAAUCAAGCUGUCCUCAAUGACAAUUGUGCUAGAUUGACAAUAUUAUUGGAUCGCCAGAGAGUGGGUGUGGGAUCCACUGUGGAGGGUCUUUGUUCGGUGCUGAGAUUUCUGUUGGCAUCACGUUUGGUUAAACUGCCCAGAGGGGAGAAGGAACAGGGUAUGCUGAUUAUCAUAUGUGAUAUUAAAACCGGCAGUAAUGAUACCAUCGAAGUGACAGUGUCCUCCACCUUGGCAAAUGAUUCACAAUUACCCACUGCCAUUGCCUUAUUGGGUGAGCUGUUAUCGUCACGUCAAAUAACUGACUUGCCACAGAAAAAUGAGCUACGUUCUAUAAAAUUGGCUGCCUUGGUAUCAAUCCUCGAAGUCAAGGUCGAAACAGCUCUAAUUGCCGAGGGGAAUAGCAACAACUUGCUGAUUGGCAUGCUCUGUGGUAUUUUCAUAGUCCUUGUGGGCCUGGCAAUAUUCCUCAGCCUAUUUUGGCGUCAACGUAUGGUCAUGAACUCCAAUUCCGGUAUAAAUAUGGCAACAUCCCAAGACCCCCUCCGACACGAUGAAGAAAAAUCCAACAAUUUACAGAAUGAAGAAAAUCUACGACGUUACACCAAUCCUCUUAAGGUUAGCACUUCAUCACUGGGACGUGUUAAUGGUAUGGAGUUGAGUUUAAAUCCAUCACCAGAAAUUGCCAGUGUCAGUCCCGCCUCAACAUCCACAACAUCAGGUGGUGUACACCAUAGUCGUAGCACUCAACCCCAAUAUCCAGAAUCAAAUUUCGAUUGUGAUCUGGAGGCAACACAAAAAUCCAAGGAAUUUCAAACAAAACGUACAUCACAAAUACUUCUGCAUAAAACACAAAAUUCCGAUAUGAAAAAGAACACAGUGGGUUCAAUAGAUAGUCCACGUAAAGAUUUCGGUAAACGUUCAAUAAAUUGUAGAGCAAUGCCCGUGCAAACACCACCGGUGGCCACAGUGACACCACAGAUAACACCGGUGGCAACAAUGUCCACAACAUCUACGGCUACGCUAACAGAUGAUUCGGAAAUUCUAACAGUUCUGGUAUAG